AUGGUUCUACUGAUUUUUAAAAAACCGAAUCUUUUCAAGAGGGUCUAAGGUAAUAAAUAGAUGGAGUUAAUAUAUAUACUGAUAAAAUGUGAAUGCAUAAUUAACUGCCUCCAAUUAGCAGUGACCUUGGGAAUCAAAUCAAUUGCAUUUCCAUUGUUGGAACCAUUCAAUGGACAUAUUUCUAAAUCUAAAAUAUCAGCAAUUAUGUUAUUUGCAAUCAAAUAGUUUUUAAAAGAUAAUUCAAAUAGUUCUUUAGAAGAGAUUAAAAUUAGCUCUUAAGAUACUUCAGUCAUUCGUUUAUUUAAAUAUAUAAUUAAUCAUCUAUUAUGUGAUAACUCAGAAACAACAAUAGAUCCAAAAAUUAGAUCAGCAUUAAAAACAAAGACUUAAAAAUUAGUUCUAUAUACAAAAGCGAGUAUAAUGAUAAUGAAUACAUUGAUUAAAUGA